AUUUACACUUUAUUAGUAAUGAGGCGGAUCAUCCCGACAGUGACAAGAUUACAGCUUGGUGCUGAUUCAGAAACAAAAAUCAAAAUAGUUCCAUUUUGACUACCCUGCCCUGAAUUCCUAUUAUGGCAUUUGCUGUCAGUUUUUAUAACCAGUUGACACAGCAAGAGAAAUCCAAUACUGUCGAUUAUUUCCUACCAUGAAACAUUCCUCAAUUUUGGAGGGCACAUUUAAAUGUAUUUGCUUUACUCAACCGUCUCAGCCCCACCUACAGUGAAGUUUUUGGCAAGAUUGUUGGCUUUUCCUGUGACCUGUCGAUGGCGCUCCAAGUUGCUGGAAAGGUGAUCAAGAUUGAGAUGAGGUUGUUGUUUUUCAGUGGAGGAUCAAAAAUUGCGUGUCCCAUUGGUUCCCGUCAGCUGGACUGGCUCUUUACUUAAGGGCGGGUGAAUAAAGCGUCUCGAGGGAGGGUCCGGUGUUGGACGCCUACUUCUUCCUUUCAGGCGUUUUCUGACAUGUGGUGGUUUUGGGGCAUGUGAAUCGGCUUGGGAAAGUUGCAACGUAAAUGAGAAGAAAAAAGAGCGGACGGUUGAAAGUGAAAGUCGUGGCUGCCUCAUGCUGGAUAUCUUUUACCUGCGUUCAGAGUUUUUCUUUGAAGGUUGACCAUGGCUCUGAGUAAAGGAUUCCGAGUGUUUCAGAAGCAGGAGCCUGGUAGCUGCAGUGUGUUACUGGAAUCCAGGAGUCGUCAGGAUUGUCUCCUCUUCGAAGCUGGGGCUGUGGCCAUUCUCUCAUCUGAGGAGAAGGAGAUUGUGAAGAGUCAGUUUCUGAAAAUAAUGGAUGCCUAUGGCUGUUUGGGAGUCCUUCGUAUAAAGAAUGAGAUCCACAGAGCUGAUGCACUGGCAUCCAGUUGUGAAAGCUGCUGUUGUGCGCAGAGCACCGAGAUCUGCACAGCAAAGGGGAAAAAUGGGGAGAGCAUUGUCUCGAUAAGGAGUUUAGUAAAAAUUCAAGGUGACUCAAGACUCUGCUUUCUGGUUCUGGUAACGGGUUGUAUAUCUGUAGGCAGGAUCCGUGACGCUGAUGUAUGUAAGAUUACCACAACAGAUUUUGUUCCACUUCAAGAAGAAACAGCAGAUGAAGAGCGAGUCACUGCCUUAAGAAAACUGCUGAACUCCGGAAUGUUUUAUUUUUCAUCGACUUCUGGUUCGACUUUUGAUCUCAGUCUCUGUGCACAGAAGUUGUAUGCAAAAGACCAUGAGGCAGGAAUCCGUUUUUUCUGGAAUCGCACUCUACAUGUUCAUCUCAAGCAGCACCAGGUAAACUGCUCUGAUUGGCUGCUGAAGGUGAUCUGUGGUGUAGUAGAGAUCCGUACAGCCUAUGCUACAGAAAAAAAGGCAAAGGCCUGCCUGAUAUCAAGGCUCAGCUGCGAGCGAGCUGGCACCAGUUUCUUCGUACGAGGAACUGAUGAUGAUGGUCAUGUGUCCAGCUUUGUUGAAACAGAACAGGUAAUUUACUUGGAUGAUGCAGUGUCUUCCUUUAUCCAGAUACGAGGCUCAGUCCCAUUAUUUUGGGAGCAGCCUGGAAUACAGGUUGGCUCUCACCAGUUACGGCUGACCCGAGGUAUUGAAGCUAAUGCCCCUGCUUUUGACAGACACUUGAUUUUGCUGAGACAGCAGUAUGGAAGUCAAGUCUUUGUUAACCUGCUAAGAAUUAAAGGAGGAGAGGAGCUGCUUAGCAGGGCUUUUAAGAAAUUGAUGUGGGCCUCUGCUUAUGCCCCUGACACGCCGAUGAUAAAUUUUGACUAUUACCAUUGUGUGAAAGGAGGAAGGGUGGAGAAGCUGCACUCCUUGCUAAAACCUCAGCUGCAGGAGCACUUGGACAAAUUUGGCUUUUUCACUAGUGGUGAACACAUAUAUCCCUGUCUGCAGUCAGGUGUGCUCCGAACAAAUUGCCUUGAUUGUCUGGAUCGGACAAACAGUGUCCAGUCUUACGUGGCAUUGGAGGUUUUGUACAGCCAGCUAGAGAGCUUGGGAGUGGCUGUUAAGAAGACAGUAGUAGAGCGUUUUGUGGAAUUUUACAAGACAAUGUGGUCAUUGAAUGGACAUAGUUUAAGCAAGAUCUUCACAGGAAGUCGUGCAAAAGAGGGAAAAAUGAAGGUAAAAGAUGGAGCACGUUCUGUAUCCAGAACAGUCCAGGCCAAUUUCUUUGGAGCCAAACAAGAAGCUAUUGACUUGCUCCUCAUGGGGGAUUUUUAUAGUGAAGAUUACGCAGAUAAGGCAAGGGUGCUGAUGGACAGCAGUGCACUUUUCACAGCACCUCCUGGGAUUUUGGAAGCUAUGUGUGAACGACAGAUAAAAUACACUAAUGUCAAGAGCACUCGCAUCAGCAUUGGCACAUGGAACGUAAAUGGUGGUAAACAGUUCAGAAGCAACAUGCUGAAUACUGCCGAACUCAGUAGCUGGUUACUUGAUGCUUUCAAAGAGAAUGAAACAUCCAAACUCCCAGAUAAUGAGAACUGCCCACCAGAUAUCUUUGCUAUUGGAUUUCAAGAAAUGGUGGAACUUAAUGCAGGGAACAUUGUAAAUGCUAGCACAACUAACAAGAAAAUGUGGGCAGAACAGCUUCAGAAGGCAAUAUCUAGAACGCAUAAGUACAUCCUGCUGUCUUCAGGACAACUUGUUGGUGUCUGUCUGUAUAUCUUUGUCCGACUCCAUCAUGUACCCCACAUUAGAGAGGUUGCUGUGGAUAGGGUGAAGACUGGGAUGGGAGGAAAGGCUGGGAACAAAGGAGCAGUGGCAGUUCGGCUGCAGUUUUACAGCAGCACACUCUGCUUCAUAUGUGCCCAUCUGACAGCUGGACAAUCACAAGUGAAAGAAAGAAAUGAAGAUUAUAGAGAAAUCAUGCAGAAACUCAGCUUCCCAAUGGGAAGGAAUGUUUUCUGCCAUGACUUAGUAUACUGGUGUGGCGAUUCAAACUUCCGCCUUGACCUUCCACAUGAAGAAGUCCUUCAUCACAUUAAGGGACAGGACUGGAAAACUCUUCAGGCCCAUGACCAGCUGCAGCAUCAGAAGACUGAGAAUAAAAUUUUCAAAGAUUUCUUUGAAGGUACCAUCAACUUCGCUCCAACAUACAAAUAUGAUGUGGGCACAGAUGUUUAUGACACCAGUGACAAAUGCAGAACUCCUGCUUGGACAGAUCGAGUGCUGUUGUGGAGAAAAAAUUGGUCCUGUGAUACAUCUGAGAGUGAUUUAAGAGGGUGUGAAUAUGAAGCAGAGACAGAAGAGAAGAAAAUAUGGCGUCCUGGUGAUUUGCUAUAUUAUGGGAGAGCAGAGCUGAAAGCCUCUGAUCAUAAGCCCGUGUUAGCUGUCUUUGAAGUGAAUAUUUGGGAAGUGGAUAUUUUUGCACGUGAACAAGUAUUCCAGGAAAUUACGUCUUCCCAGGGGCCAUUAGAUGCGACAGUCAUGAUAUGCCUUAAAGGACCAACCAGUGGAGAAAGGGAGCCCUUUUCAGAUGACCUAAGCAAUGAAGUAAUUAAUUGGUUCCAGAGUUAUGGCAAUAUUUUGUUGGUGAGAUUUGAUCACGGACAGAUGCUGGUAACUUUUCAGGAUAGUCGGAUGGCUCUGAAAGUUUUGGAUCUAGAUGGAAAAAUGGUUAAUGGCAGAGUGGUGUGUGUAAAACCCCGAACGAGAAACUGGCUCAAUAAUCUACAUGAAGAAAUUAAUAUGAACAGAAACAGUAUUGCACCGAUGUCUCCGACUGCAAAUUCUUGCCUGCUUGAAGAAACUUUUGAUUUUAACAGUCUGGAUUAUGACACAGAAGGAGAUUUAGAUGAAGACUUAGACGAAGUUGUUCCACAGCAUUUGCUGACGGGAAAAACAGUGAAUCUCAAAAAUUCACCUGAAGAGUUUCCUGAAUCUUCUGCACAGGAGGUUGCUGAGGUUCAAUUACUAAACAGAAUGCCGGAUCUUCAGAAAAGCGAAAUAACUGUUUUAAACGAUGCAAAAUGUUCCUCUGUUAAUCAAGAGCCGGCUCCUCAACCACGUACAGCAAACAGAUCUGUGUCAGUACCUGACCGACCUCAACCUCCACAAAGACCCCCUCCUCCAACUAUACAAAGCUUGAAAAAAUCAGCCUCUGAUACUGUGCUUUCAUCUGAAGAAAGUCCUUUUCAGGCCAUGACUCUGAAUCCAUCCCAGAUUCUUCCAGGGACAGCUUCUUCAUCUAGAACUGGAAUUAGCAAGCCAUAUCAUGUGAGACAAAUUAAAACAACAACUGCAAAAGAAGCAGAAGCGGCAAUAAAACAUCUAAUGGGAUUGAAAACAGGAAGUUUGAAAUCAGAGGCUAACAUAAAGCCAUCUCUAGUACAGUCAAUCCUCAAGUCCCAGUCAGAUAUGACUCUUCCUGAUGAGCAUGUUGAAACAUAUUCUGCUUCAUUAAUACCUCUGUUACAUGCUGAAAGAAAUCCUGCUGCUACACUAUUUGAUCCAAAAGGAACAGGUGACUCGUUCCUCAGUUCAGAGGCUGCAAAUAAAAAGGAACCAAAGUCUCUCAAAACAGCUGCAGCAGCAUAUGUGAAUUCACCAUUAGUGACUUCUCAAAGAAAUUCUGAUACAGUCAAACAAAUAAUCUCACAGUCACCACUGAUAAAGACACAGCAACAAGAGGAGCAGUGUGCAACCAAUAGAACUUCUCAGCAACUUUGUAACAACCCAGAGAGAGUCUCAGAAAGUGCAGCCACAGCCCCAAUUGCACCUCCCCGCAGGAAGAAAGCUGCAGCACCUUAUUUGCAAAUUGACAACAAUUCAGUUUUGAAAUCCUCCCAUAAUGAUCCCAGACAGAAUUGUUUCCAUGCAUGUGGGUUGCAUGGCAGUGAUCAUCCUAUUAAACUGUGCAAUACUAGUACUUCAUUUAGCAACAACUCUAUUAGGUCUUUUCAAGAAAGUAGACCUUCAUCUGACCCAUCCAAACAACAAAGGAACUUUAAUAUAAAUUUGCCUAAGUUUGGACAAGAUGUAAACAAUGCUGAAGCAAAGGUAUCUGCCGCUGGUUCCACAGGUGAAAGAAUAUCUCAUAAAGACAUGACACAGAAUAAUUGUUUUUCUCCAAACGAGUUGUAGCAAAUGUUGAGUGCAAGGAAUGGUAAUCAUACUUUGGCUUUAUCACAAUGCUUUAAACUGGCCACUCAGUGAAUUUAAACAGAUGUCUGUGAUUUUGUUUGGCCUGUGGAGAACUGAAGGACUUGGGUACUUUGUGAGAAUUCUUUUCUUAUGUUGUUUAGUAGAUAUUGCUGAAUAACAAAUGAAGUAUAAUCCAAUGAUGUAUAAUAUUGAUAUUUCAUAGAAACCAGUUUAAUCGUAAUUUUCCAUAUCUUUUCACAAAUGAAAUAAAAGAAAUUAGUUAACUGAU